CUCAGACUACAAAUCGACUUGAGAACGUCGUCGCAGUCGUAGCGUGGUUUUGUCGCACGAACCGCGACUUCACGGUACAGAUCUCUUGUUGCCGGCUACAAGAUCGAACGUAUUUAUCUCGUGGAAAGCAUCCCAGCAUCUUGAGAAGAAAUUUCGUUUUUCUUGGUCAGCCAGUCUUAAGAAAAUUUAGAUCGGUCUCGUUGGUGUUCACGUCGGAGCGGAUCAGAUCACUUUGAUCACGUGUUCGGAAUUGUUAAAAUGAAUUAACCGUUGCCGCUUAAAAAUAAAUUCUAAUUAAACUUUGCGUACUCGUAUGAUCGCGAUGUAGGUGAAAAAAAACUCCUGACGGUCGCUAAGUCGUUAACCUCGCGGUGCAUGUUCUUCUAGCUUGUCACAAGUAGAUAGAUAAGACUAUGCAAAGUUUUAAUUGCAUCUGUGCAUUUUUAUCUCAACAUAAAGGUGAACAAUUUGGCCUCUCGAGAGUCGACGAAAAGUUGCAAAGAUCGAUCCCACUAUAGAUGAGUUUGUGAAACAAAGCCUGUGCACAGGCAAUUUAAUUGCACCGACAAGUUAAUUAAUCGCACUUGCAUACAAGAAGUGCAUCCCGUUUUUACCAGUUUUUGAAUGAAUGUGGUUAACCACCAAACGACCACCAGUGAUGUCAUUGGUCGUACAGAAUAACUUUUCUCUUUAGUGUUGAUUGAAACUCGGCUACUGGAUGUGCGAAACUGAAACCGCGAAAAUACUUUGGGAAUUACUUCCUACCUGUCCUUUUGGUGAGAUUCCAGCCCUUUCUGGGUCAGCCGUUGGGACAAGAUUCUUAUUGCAAUUGCGGACCAGCACAACGGGAUCGUUUAAGACUGUCAGGGAAGGCCAUUAACCUGUUUGGAAAGGCGGGAUAUUUUCUUUUACUUCCGGGAGCCAAACUGUUGAUAUCAGUGUUUUACAUCCUCAGCCUUUCCUUGUGUAAAGUGAAAAAGAGGUGCGGUAGGGCAUGAUGGAAAAUAACUAGAGGAGUCACGCUUGUUUCCAGGGAAAACGGACGAGUGUGAUAUAAUGUAAUGUAUCCCGUAGGAAGGUAAAUGCACGAUAAAGGCAAAGGAAAGUAUUUUCGUUUUUCCUUACUCUACUUGAAAGUGCUCGAAACAAAGGUUUUGAAUCGUUCAGGCAUUAAGUGCAAUUCUACGACAUUUCGUAUAUUUUUCUAUUCGUUCGUUAGGUGUGUGUUUUUGUAUACAAGUGAUGUGAAAUCCUUACGAGGUUAAGCGGGCUAUAAAAACCAUUCGAGCAUCUAGAAACGGGUUGACGCCAACAACAUGAAUUCCUUUUACAAACGUUUCAGCCUGUGCAGUGUUUUAUGGUAUCUGAAAGUGAAAUCGUGUAACAUGAACCCUUUCCUACGAUUACAUGUUCUCUAGACGAAAAGAAGGAUAUUGCACUUACUACCAUAUACCCGACCGCCUUUUUAGUAUUACGGACAUAAAAUCAGAACGCUGAAAGGAGACAUAGAUUGUACGUGUAAGAAGUUCGAAGCUCAUCUCAUUCAGAAGAACCAUAUAGUGUGGCAAUAUCGGACUAUGUCAUGCCCUCGAAGAAAUCAUCACUUACUUCUUUUCUAUUGUCUCUUCGUGCUUGUUCACGUUCAGCAAACUGUUAACUCGUUGCAGAAUGGAUACCACCGACGUCCGGUGGACACACAUCAUCGCUACGGACACAACCCACUACCGCCAAGAUAUUUUGAAGAAGGAGUAAAAGUCGAAAACCCUAGGCGAGGGGAUCAUAUGAUAAAUGGAGCAAGCGAAGAGCAACAAGAACACCAUUAUCGCCAUCAACACUAUCGUCAGUUGCAUCACCGCCAACAGCCAAGUGCAAGUAUAAAUUCAUUAGGAAGUGACGAAUUGCAGGGAUCCCAUUCUGUGUCACCUUCGCAGAAGAAACUGCAUCUACGUUCCAAGAGUAGGAGGAUCGUGGAGGCUGUACAUGCCUUCCAGGCCUCUUCGACUCCUCGUCCAGCCUCGUUGCAUGGACAUAACCCACAUAAUCGCUAUCAUCCCCAUCAUCAACCGCCGCAGAGUCAUCAAACUCCUUACCAUCCUAUGCAUCACCAGACACCUAGGCCUCGACCGGACAAUAGCCUCGAGUCGCGUAGAAAGUCAUUACCGUGGGCAGUGAAUCGUCAUCGGGGAUCGAGUGUCAUCAACGGCUUUGCCACAGCCUCGCCUCCAAUUACAAAAGCGAUACCCACAACCAGCCAUAGUGUACCAAGCCUUACCUAUCCUAAGGGCGGUAGCGAGGGAGCAAGUCCUCAGCGAAAGCAUUCUCAUUCGAAACACUUGGAUGCGACGGAAGAUGAUGACAAUGAUAGCUAUGAUGACGACUACUACGACUAUGAGGAGGAUAAUGGCAACGAUGACGACAAUGAAGACGAUGAUGACAAUGGGCAUGCAAAUGAAUAUGCGAAUGCCUAUGGCGGCAUGGAUGCAGGUUUCGAUGCACACGGAUAUGCGGAGCCAACAAAAAGUGCAGUGGAAGGAUUCGCAACAAACGACGAGAACUCGUCUUAUGCGCUCCAUGAGAACACAAUGGAUUACGACGACUAUAGUUUCCUCGCCGACGAGCCGAUUGAUGAGCUAGGAAGCCUCACCGAGCAGAAAUGGCGCAACUUUUCAACAAGAGAAGGCGUCGAAAAGAUGGCAAAGGCAGAAAAUCCCAACAUUGCUGCUGCAAGACAUUUGGAACUUGUCAAAAAGGAAGGACUUUGUAAAUAUCCUCAUCCAAAAGUGAUACGAAUAUCGAACAAUACAUCGAAACGCUUCAUUCCACAUUUCACAGUUUUACAUAGAUGCGGUGACGACACAGGAUGCUGUUGGCCCGACACCAAAACUUGUGUUGUGAAAACUUCUGUUCCGGUUGUGCUAUAUUUUUACGUUAUCCCUAUGGAGCAAACACGUUCGGUUAUUGAAGCAUUAACAUUAGUUAAUCAUACAGAAUGCCAUUGUAUAGAUCGACCCCAGGUGCGUGCAAUAAAUAGUGCGUCAUUGUCUCAUGUGACGCCCAGCCCAGAACGAAGUAGGCAUCGAUGCGUUAAAUAUUUUGAUUUAGACGAGAGUGAUCCAGAUUAUAUCCGUUGUGAUUGCAUCGGUAGAGAUGCAGAAAGAAGGGAAGCCUGUCAACGGUUGUCAAGAGGUGAAGAGGGAUUCAUGCUGCAAGAUCAAAGGUGUGUAUACCAGGGAGUAUGCAAGCCACCGACUUGUGAAUAUGGCCAAUACAACAGGACAAUAGGAAGGUGCCCCAGCAAGGACUACAAAAUUGAAGCAGCAGGGAAGGUUCUAGGAAGUUUAAAGAGCAGUACUGUCUGAUUAAAGCUAAGCAUGUAGAAACACUUCGAGCCGAACUCAUGUUUGUAUCUAUGUAUCUAUUUAAGUAGACGUGAAUGUAUCGCAUCAUUCACGAUACACCAACUUAGUUUCUAGAAUUCGAAAGAAUCUCUGAAAUGUUACUUAUUCAGAAAAUCUAAAUGCGGUUCUGGACCAGAAUUUAUUUCCAUAUGAAAAGAGAACUAGUCAAGUAAUCAAAUGACUUAAGAUUCCUCUAGGGAAAUGAGCGUAAAGUAUACUUUUAAUCAGUAUUAAUAUUCAAGGCACAAUUCGGUGCUAUGAAAGUAUCACAAAAAAUCGUUUCCAAUUUAUGUACGAAAACAUUUAUUUAUUGUAUCAUAUAAUAUACGACAGUAAGCCUAAAGUUUACAUUCGAAAUGCGUACUUAACGCUGUUAUGCUAGAAUUUAUGUCGAAUUCACUUUUAAAAUAUAAAGAAGUAAUCAUAACUCACUGUUAUCAAUGUGUACGAAAAAAAUUAUAUUUACCACUUUUUACGAAAUAAUUACUAAUUUGUAGAUUUGCAAUGAAAGUAAACAUUCAUGAAUGGCGCCAUCACCGCGCCUGUCUAUUUGCUGAAAAAGAAAAGAUAUUGUUGUAAUCCAUGUUAAAUUGAGUCUAAUCAGAAACUAUUGCUAAUAAAUAUAUUUUAUUAUAUUGAUAGUUGCCAUUUGUUAGAUGCAAUCAUUUUGUAAUGUUUAAUAUUUUUGUAUUUGCAUAAUUUAAUAAUACGUUUUAAAUUGUCUGUGCAUUACUAGAAUAGUAAUGUAUUUUUAUAGAAAAAUAAACAGGUUAGUUUUAACCGGA